AAAGGCAAUUGUGGGGGCAGAAUAUUCAUAUAUCGAUUAACUAUCCUGCAUCAGGUGAUUGCCAACAUAGAGAAGGCCCAGGAGAUACAGAAAGAGGCAUACAAGAGGAGGACCAAGAGGGGGACCAAGCGCUUCAGGAUCACACCAGGCAUGGAGGUCCUGAAGAAGAAUGAGAGGAAGCGUGGAAGGCAUGGUCAAACCAUGGAGCCAGAUUGGCCAAAUGUGUUCAGGGUUACUGAGGUUACGGACAAUAACCUUGUGCAGCUGGAGAACUUGGAUGGAAAGCCAUUGAAGACCAGGACACCCUAUGCUUCAGUGAAGCCUGUGCGGAGAAGAUCCCAGGCUGCCUGUCCCACCAAGGAGACUGUGUCCGAUCUAUCCGAGCCAUCAGAUUCAGAGUUGGAGGAGGACCCACUAGAGGACUUGGAUGUUGUCAUCACUAGUGUCCAGCCAGGCCGGGCUUAUCGAGCUUCACUGAGCAAUAGGGUGGAGGGCUUCAGGGCCAUGCUCAGCAACCCAAGUACUUGGUUGGAUGACCGUGCUAUGGACCAUGCUCAGGCCCUGCUUAAGGCUAAGUAUCCAAACAUCAACGGGCUCUACGCCACCACCUCCCUAGCCUUGCUGUCCACUUUGCCCGAGCCAGCGCAAGGGUUUGUACAGAUACUCAAUGUUUCUGCAAAUCACUGGGUUACGGUAAGUGACAUUGGCUGCCAGGGAGGUUCAGUAAACAUUUUUGACUCCCUAGGACACACCAGGACAGAGGUCUUCAUUGAACAGGUCACAGGUCUGCUUGCUUUUCCAGGGAAGAGUGUCCGACUGCAGUGGCCUGACAUACAGCAGCAGGCAGGUGGAUCAGAUUGUGGACUGUUUGCUAUUGCCAACAGUUUUGCUCUCUGCAGCGGGGAGGGUCCCACCACAGUCAUAUACCAUCAAGGACAAAUGCGCAGUCACCUCUUUUCCUGUUUUCAGGCUGGAGAAGUGCAACUCUUCCCUAGAGCCAUGAGGUCCCCCACUGCCGAGCCAUUCGCCAUUGAUGUGGAUGUGCACUGCCUCUGCAGACGGACCAUCGGGCAAGGAAAAGCACCUCUGGUCCCAUGCAGGAGGUGUGAUAGGCCCUUUCACCAGUCCUGUCUUUCCCAUGUACAGAAUAUUUAUGAAUACAUUUGUCCAAAUUGUCAAAUCAUAUUCUAACUAUUCUGCUCAGUUUUUUUCCUUUGUAGGACUGGUAGGUAUGAGUCCCUUUGCUGGAGAGUUAUUUGGUUCUUGUUAAUAAUCAGAUUUUCCUUAAUAGUUCUACUGUCAAUAUUGCUGUUCGUAUGUUAUGGAUAUUGUAUAUAUUUAAUGCAUCUUUUAAACAGUAUAAUAUAGCCUGAUAAAUGAUUAAUUUCAGGGAUCAAUAAUAUAUGUUCAACACUUUUGCUAUUUUUGAUUGUACAGCACUUUGGUCAACCGUUGUUGUUUUUACAUGUGUUCUAUAAAUAUAAAUACAUUUGAGUUGAGUUGCGUCAGCCUUAAAAAAAAAAAAAAAAAAAAAAAAAACCUCUCUGAAGGUCUGUACCUUGACGUCGGUGAGUGGGAUUACUACUAAAACAGACCAUUUUUCCAUGCCAUUUCUGUUUUUCAUUGUGGAUUUGUUUCCUUCUUUGUCUAUCCUUAUCUCAAAGACAUUGUGACAGGAAGUGUUUACCAUGCAGGGGCCAAAGAACACCAGGGACAUCUAGAAUCACCAGCUUCUGGAAGUGUGGUGCAUCAACCUGAACCUGGAACAAACUAGACCUGUCACUCAGCGCUUAUAAAUGACAUGCAUCAAGAAACUGCAUUAUCACCUUUUUCAUUUUAUAUUGAAGCAUGAUCAUCACAUAUAAGAUUGUUGUCAAUGUUAGUUGCAUAUCUGAGGCAAAUUAUUUAAUGUUAUUCAUAUGUGGCCUGGUGUUAGAUUAAUUGAAAUGAGACUGAGAUUUAAAGGGUUAAGUGAUGCUAUGUGUAAGGUAGUGUCAGUAUGUUGUGUUAGUGCAGUGGACAAUAGUGCAAACAGUGUUAAUAUAUUCUACAUAGAGAAGACAGACAGGUUCAGAAAAUGAUUUAAGCCCCAGCGUUGAUUGAUUUUAACUCCUCCUGAGAUGAGAUAACAACUAGCCUCUUUACAAACAUGUCCUAUUCUUAGAUGACAAAAUAUCUGCCACUUAGUUCAAUAAAUAUAUUUCCCCAUACUGUGCUUGUUUUCAUUUUCAACUUUACCCUACUCAAAUGAAUG